AUGGCCGGACAAUGUUCUCCAACCUGGUAUCCUCUGAAUCCUCUGCAGUUCCCACAAUCUCCAGUCAGCAUAGCCAAACACUCCCACAAUAAGUGCAUUACAUUUGAUGCUGAAUUCCGCCGCUUUGCGGUGAAGCGCUCGACCGUGGGUGGCUUCCAAGAAUUCUACCAGCUGAUUCAGAGAGUCCACCAAAUCCCAUGUGUGGAUGUCCUGCUUGGAUAUACAGACAUUCAUGGUGACCUGCUGCCCAUCAAUAAUGAUGACAAUUACCAUAAGGCACUCUCAUCGGCCAAUCCUCUGCUCCGGAUCAUCAUCCAGAAGCGAGCAGAAGCUGACACCAGUGUCUUUGCCUCCAAUUCCCUUCAACGGAAGAAAAAGGGACUCCUGCGCCCGGUGCACCAGCGGGCCAAGCCCCACUUGCUGAUUGGCAUGCCACAGGACUUCCGCCAGAUCUCCUCCAUCAUUGAUGUUGACAUUCUACCAGAGACCCACCGACGUGUGCGGCUCCAUAAGCAUGGGUCAAACAAACCACUGGGCUUCUAUAUCCGGGAUGGAGUCAGCAUGCGUGUGGCCCCUCAUGGUGUUGAGAAGGUGCCUGGCAUCUUCAUCUCCCGUUUGGUCAAGGGGGGUCUCGCAGAGAGCACUGGGCUACUGGCUGUGAAUGAUGAGAUCCUGGAAGUCAAUGGCAUUGAUGUGGCAGGAAAGUCACUGGACCAGGUCACAGACAUGAUGGUGGCGAACAGCCACAAUCUCAUCAUUACUGUCAAGCCAGCCAACCAACGUAACAACGUGAUCCGAAGCAGCAAAGCUUCAGGCAGCUCGGGCGUCUCCACGGACAGCACUCCUAGCCAGCAGACGCCUAGCCCAGCUUCCCAGUACCUGAGCAACUGCAGCGCCGCCGAAGGAGAAAGCGAUGAAGAGGGUGACCUUGUGAUUGAGAGUGAUUUGCCUGCCAGCUGCCCCAAUGGUGGUCUGCUGGAGAGCUUGCAGCACAGCUUGUCUCUUUAUAGCUCUCAGGGCUCCCUGCCCUCCCUGAACAGUCACAGUGGCAAUGGCAGUCCAAUCCGGGGCAGCCGAGCGGGGAGCCUCCGUGAGGAUGGUACAGUCAUCACACUAUAGCCCCCUGGCAUCACCUUCCCCAUUCAGCCCCGAUAUUUGAAUCACAACAUUUCCAAGGUCAGUAUGGCAGCAGCCUUCUUCCUGUGCAGUGGAGCUGAAAUCUGGAGUCUGAUAUGCUACUGAGGCUUGCCAUUCCUGACCCUCACUUGCACAUUGUUUGCAAGCCUAACGGUGCUCUUUGUAGUUCCCUGGAGUAAAGAUGGCAGGCAAGACUGGAGCAACAAGGGUCUAGUAACUUUCCCUGAAGCUUCUGCCAAGAAGAGAUCUUCCUGUCCCUACUGAACUAAACAAUGGGUGUUCUCUUACUUCUGUCUCUGGGAUUUUCCCUCUCCAACUUGUGCUCAUGCAGAAAGGAAAUGUGCCCCUUUCACCAGGCCACGGUCCUGCAUUCACCAACUGUGUUGACUCUCAUGAAGUGUUUGUUUUUAGUUACAUGCAUCACAGAUUAAUAUAUUGCAACAGACUAUUAAAACAUUUUUUAAAGAAAGAAGUAGUGGGGGUUUUGUUUUAAAGAAAUGUGUCCUGUUGUAAUUUUUAAAGGUGUGUUGCAUCUGGGAGAGAAGAUGAGAGACAAAGGGUGAAAUGGGAAGAGUUUAGCUGAGUGAAUAUUAAUCUUAUUUUAGAACUGCAGGACUGGAUAUGGAGACAACCUGAGAAUGGGACAAUCAAACUCAAUUUGCUUUGGUAAGGGAACAUGGUGGAUUA